AUGACAACACCAGACAAGCCAGGGGAGUUUCCCCUGAAACCCAUCCGGACCGUCGCCGUGGUCGGCGCCGGGAUCAGCGGAAUCUCGGCAGCAGCCCACCUGAUGCGCGCCGGCCUCUCGGUGACGGUGUUCGAGCGGUCAGCCGCGUCAGGAGGCGUAUGGAGCUACGACGCUCGGCCGCCCCUCAACCCGCCGUACCCAAACGAGCGCCCGUCGGCCGGGGACUACACGCCGUCCGCCCCGGGACAGCACCACAGCCACACGCAAGACACAGGAACGGCUGAGCUCUCGCACGCCCCGCCUAGCGCGGCGUACGCCGGGCUCAGGACCAACAUCCCGACUAGCCUGAUGGCCACGAGCCUGGCAGCCUACCCAGCCGACACGCCCGAGAUCGCUAGCUGCGCGACCGUUCUCGAGUACAUCCGCCAGGUGUCGCGCGAGACGGGCGUCGAGGCGCUCGUCCUGCACCGCACGCGCGUCGAAGCGGCCACCAAGAACCCGGACGGCGGGCAGUGGUCGCUGCGCACGCUCACACUCACCCUGGACGGCGACGGCGGCGGCGACACAGCGCGAUGGGCCGAGCGGCAGUGGACGUUCGACGCAGUGGUCGCCGCGUCGGGCCACUACCUGGCGGCGCGGGUACCGCGCAUCCCCGGGCUGGCGGAGUGGAAGGCGCGGUUUCCCGCGCGCGUGGCGCACGCUAAGCAGUACCGCUCCCCGGAGCCCUUCCGCGGCCGCAACGUGCUGCUGGUCGGCGCGGGCGUGUCGGCGGGGGACAUUGCGCGCGAGCUGGACGGCGUCGCCGCGCGGACGUACCAGAGCGCAAGGGGUGGUCGGUUCGAUACCGCGCCGGCCCUGCUGCCGCCGCAUGCCGAGCGCGUGGUCGGUGUUAAGCGGUUUAUCGUCCACGAGCAGGCUGUCGCUGGCAGCGGGGUGGCGGGCCUGGCUGAUGAGAGUCAUGUCCCCGGCGGCGUUGAGCUGCUGGACGGCCGGAUUCUCGACGACAUGGACAGCGUGGUGCUCGCGACGGGGUACAUGACGGCGUAUCCGUACCUGGCGCAGCUGCACUCGGACACGGCGGGGCUGGACGGGGCCGGCGAGGAGCUCGUGGUGACGGGCGACGGCGCCAUGUCGCACAAUCUGUACAGGGAUAUCUUCUACGUGCCCGACCCGACGCUGGCGUUCCUGGCCGUGCCGUUCCAUCUGUCCGUGAUCCCGACGCUCGACUUCCAGGCCCAGGUCGUGGCGCGCGUGUUCAGCGGGCAGGCGGGCCUGCCCGCGAGAGAGAAGAUGCGUGCCGAGCACCAGGCGAGGGUGCGGGAGAGAGGCCUGGGGAGACACUUCCAUAGCUACCUGGGCGAGGGCGCCGAGCUGCGGUACGUGGCUGGCCUGGUCGACUGGGUCAACCGCGAUGCGCGCGCGCGCGGCGUGCCGCUGAUGGACGGCCACUCGGACGCGUUCGUGGCCAACUAUCGACAGCUGCGAGAGAGGGCUAUGGCCAGGGGCGUGUUUGCGGACCCGAGUGUUUGGGAGACGGGUUAA